AUGACUGAGACGACAAGGGCCUCGAUUCGCGCCAGCGCAGCCCGCGCUUGGAUGAAGCCGCGCUUGGAUGAAGCCGCUUCAACUCCGUACCGCCCUCAAGCUCGCAUUUAUCUAAUUCGAUGGGCGUCAACCCGCUUACCGCUAUGGUUGCCGAGUACGCGCUGCGGGAUCAAGGACUACACGGAUCAGGGAAUGGAUAAAAAAUGCUUUGCUUAG